UACAGGCUGAGAAGACGAGCAGCAGGAGUGGACCGCGGGCCAGUUGCUCUCUCCUCCUCGGCCACACUCAGAUGGUAGGCUAGUGGGAGGUGAUUACAGACUAUUUUUUUCGGGUGUCGGAAUCUUCCUCCACCACCGCGAGCCCCAGUUUCUUUUGUACUCCUUUCGAACGCCUCGCGGGGCUGGUGCUCGGCCGCGCGCACGCACGCACCCGGGUCUGCAGAAUACAUGCAGCUCCUCCUCGAGGGGGUCGCGGUGACUGAGAGCCCCCACCCCCUCGUCUCUCUCUCUUCCCCCCGGCUCCGCCUGCGCCCGCCCCGGCACGGAUUGUUGACAAAAGACGCUGCGAGACGGAGCGAAGGAACCCAGAGCCCGGUACUGGUGUGGCCGAGGUGAUUCGGUUGUCGGCGGUGGUCGGACCGCAGCAGGCCGGUGUGAAGUCGACGCCCCCAGCCCACCCCCCCUUCCUCUCCUCGCGAUUGGUAUUUACCGACAAAACCAGCGGCCAAGAUGGGUCACUCGCUGUGAGUGGAAAGGCCAGACCAGCGUUACAGGAGGCGGCGGCGGUGGCCUUGGGCAGGUCUACUCAACCGGGAAUGGUGUGAGCUGAGACGGCCAGGCAGUCUGGAUCUGACCGGGGACCCGUCAUUCCCCCGGAGCCUCCGCAGCUCCAAGCUGCGUCCUGAGCCCUCCAAGAUGGGGAAGUGCGACGGAAGGUGCACGCUGCUGGUGAUAUGUUCACUGCAGUUGGUGGCAGCCCUUCAGAGGCAGGUGUUUGAUUUUCUGGGCUACCAAUGGGCUCCCAUCCUGGCCAACUUCCUGCACAUUAUGGCCGUCAUCCUGGGCAUGUUUGGCACUGUGCAGUUUCGCUUCAGAUACCUUAUCUUUUAUGCAGUGUGGCUGGUUCUUUGGGUGGGUUGGAACUCGUUCAUUAUCUGUUUCUACCUGGAGGUUGGAAACCUGUCUCAGGACAGGGACUUUCUCAUGACGUUCAACACAUCCCUUCAUCGUUCGUGGUGGAUGGAGCAUGGUCCUGGUUGCCUGGUAACGCCAGUGCUGGACUCUCGCAUGGCCCCUGACGACCACCAUGUCAUCACUGUCUCCGGGUGUCUCCUUGACUACCAGUACAUAGAGGUGUUGAGUUCGGCCAUUCAGAUUCUAUUGGCUCUCUUUGGCUUUGUAUACGCCUGCUAUGUGAGCAAAGUUUUCCAGGAUGACGAGGACAGCUUUGAUUUCAUCGGUGGCUUUGACUCGUAUGGCUACCAGCCUCCUCAGAAGUCCUCACAUCUGCAACUGCAGCCUCUUUACACGGCUGGUUAACCGUUGGUAGCGCCCCCUUCAGGCCAAACCCUGACGGUGUCGCUGUGGAUGGAAAGCGGCGUUUGCCUCAAUUACACUCACUCUGUGUCACAGUUUACCGGAGGAAUGGACUUACCCCACCCAGAGGGAGAGACGUCUGUGCGUGUGUGCAUGUGUGCUUGAGUCUGAGAAAGAGAAAUACAGCCCUGAAUAGAAUGUACAGAGCUCAGGGAAGAACCAGCAUGCCAGGUGGUGUGAUAAGAUGAAGGAGGAGACAGGGAGGAGAAAUACAGAGAACAAGAGCUGGGGACACCUCUGUCAAAUCACAGAAGACACACUUCACUAAACUGCCAGCUCUCAACACUCCCGUGUGUGUGUGUGUGAGUGUGUGAGUGUGUGAGUCAGUGAGUCAGUGAGUGAGUCUGUCUGUAACUCCACAGGAUUAGCUGGUGCUUUGUGGUUGCACCCUGGACUCUACCACUCGGUGUCCCUGUGAAUUAUUAUUUUUUGGGGGCUUGUGUGUGUAUGUGUGUGUGUGGGGGGUCAUAUAAUAAAAAGAGGCACGGCUCGUA